UGCCGUGCUUUAAAUCGCUACACGAUAAACGGAAACGGUUCCUACAAGGUCAAAGGUCAGGCAGAAGAGGAAACACAGGAACAAAAUGGCUGCAACUGGAGACGAAGCCGCAGCUAUGGACAGUAUUUCCAGGGAACCAGCAGCCGUCUCAGCGGGGUUAAUGGCAGCUGCUGGCGGCACGGCUGCGGCUGAACGCCCCGACGAUCCACCGGAAGCCCCGGUGCCAAAGAAACCUGGAGCAAACAGCGAUGGAGGUGUGGAGACCGCGGAGGAGGCAGUGGAGCCCGCAGAGCCAGAUGUCAACGAGCUGUGCUCUGACAUGUUUGAGAAGAUGGCCAUUUUCCUGCAGGGGGAGCUAACAGCAACGUGUGAAGAUUACCUGCUGUUGGAGAACAUGAACAAGCUCACAAGCCUGAAGUACAUGGAGAUGAAGGACAUCAGUAUCAAUAUAAGCCGGAAUCUGCAGGAUCUCAACAACAAAUAUGCGAGCCUACAGCCUUACCUGGACCAAAUAAAUAAGAUCGAGGAGCAAGUCUCAUCCCUCGAACAGGCUGCAUACAAACUGGAUGCAUACUCCAAGAAGCUGGAAGCCAGAUUCAAGAAACUGGAGAAGCGGUGAGGGACAGAAGACGAGGCAGACUGAGGGUUUCAGUGCCUUCUCGCCUUCUUCACCCAUCCCUGCCCUCCACUCUACUUACCAGUAGACGCAAAAGCUACAGGGGAGGAAAUGAACUGUGGCUGAAGCAAAACUAAGAAGCACUUCAGCGACAGCAGUGCUGGCUGUAGAUUUGACUCCAGUAUCACUGGUUUUUGUUCCUGCAAUCAAGAUGUGCCACAUGUUUGUCCAACUGUUAGCCUCUCUUAAAUAAUAUCAGGAAGAUGUUCUUGUCAAAAAGAGAAGUAAACGACACAUGAAGUUAAUUUGCUCCUUAAAGCAUAUUUAAAGCUUGAUCAUGUCAGAAACGCUUUUUUUUUUUUUUUCCAGGCAUUUCUUUUGUAAAAUGUUGGGGAAUAAUCUGAGUUUACUCUGCAUUAAUUACUUUGUCAGGCAGUGUUCAUGAGACGCUAAAAUGUAUAGUUUAAAGACAAACUCUACAGCUUGUUUUAAAUUUGUAGCUCUCAUACAAUUCCUUAUAAAGUCAACAUCAUGUCUUGUUCUCCUGAAGAUCACUGAAAUGUAAUUUUCUUUUAAAUAAAGCCUGAUCACUGACAGCA